ACCAACCCAACCAAUAACCGUCCCUCAAUUUACACACCCACCACCCACCACCCACCAUAGGAAAUGUGGGGUGUGUCCCCGCAGUCAACAUAUAGAAGAAGUAACACCCCCCACCACAUACCCUUCCUCUCCUCCCAAUUGCAUCCUCACCAACACCAGAAGAGAAAAGAGAAAAGAUGGACCCCAGCAAAGUCAAAAUCCCACCCAUGAAAGACCUAACGGUCGACAACAUCACCGAGAACGUGAUCCGAAUCAACUCUCUCUGCGAAGACGAGCGACUAAAAUACAUUCUCGAGCGACUCGUCACGCACCUCCACGACUUCGCAAGAGAAACCCGUCUUAGCACCGAUGAAUGGAUGACCGGGUUGAGAUUCCUUACGGAAGUAGGCAAGAUUUGUUCGGAUGUUAGACAGGAAUACAUCCUCCUCUCAGAUAUCCUCGGCCUCUCCAUCCUCGUCGACUCCAUCGACCACCCCAAACCCCCCAACAGCACCGAAGGCACCGUGCUCGGUCCAUUCCACACGCACGACGCCGCGCCCCUCGUCCCCGGGUCCAGCAUCAGCCACGAUCCCGCCGGCGAGCCCCUCCUCGUCGUCUGCACGGUCAAAGAUACCCACGGGAAACCCGUGUCUGACGUCAAGAUCGAUAUCUGGGAGACGGAUUCCACGGGCCAUUAUGAUGUGCAGUAUCCCGGGAGGGAUGGGCCCGAUGGGAGAUGCAUCAUGACCUCCGACGAGGAAGGAGUGUUCUGGUUCAAGGCCAUUACGCCCGUCCCUUACCCUAUUCCGCAUGAUGGGCCUGUCGGGAAGUUGUUGAAGGUCUUGGGGAGACAUCCGUAUCGGCCUAGUCAUAUGCAUUUUAUGUUUGAGAAGGGCGGGUUUGAUCAUUUGAUUACGGCGCUGUAUCUCCGUAAUGAUCCCUAUGAGACCUCGGAUGCCGUCUUCGGGGUUAAGGAUUCGCUGGUCGUGGAUAUUGGUAAGGCUGGGCCGGAAUAUGCGGCUAAGUAUGGGGUUUCGGAGGAUCAUGCGUUGUUGACGUAUGACUUCGUGUUGGUGAGUGAUGAGGAGACGAGUGAGUUGAGGGCGAGGAAUUCCAAGGAGGCGUUGGAUAAGUUGGGGAGGAAGGUCAAGAUUGUUAAUGGGUUGCCGGUGCCGGACUUGGAUUGAUUUCCUUUUGUUUUUCUUCUCCUAUUCCCUUCUUAGAUUAUAGGUCUGGGUCAUGUAAUUGAUAAGUGUCAUGUGAAUGUAUUCUUUAUUAGGUAUAUACAUCAUUCGUUAACGUGGACAUUGGUGUUGGCUUCGGCUUCGGCAUUCACCAUCUCUCCAAAAUCACUUCCCUCUACGGCUGCUCCACCAUCCUUCAGUCGGCGCAGUCCACUCUCAUCUUCCACCCAGCCACCUAGCUUCUCCACUCCUGCGAUAUACUCUGUUCCAAUCCGCAGGUUCAGCCCCGCGCUCAAGGCCCGUUCGAUCCGCACUUCGCGUCCCUCGGCAAUCAGUA